AUGGUUAUACAAGACGAAGCAUCACUCGACUCCGACCAUAAAAUCACGCACCUGAUUUUUGACACCAAUCAAUCACCACCUCAGCAAAACCCACCACCACGCCGACAAUGGAAACUCUAUCGCCUUUCUGAUCCUACAACACGGCAAAGUUAUAUCGACCAUUUCAAUACUAACUCCCGCGAUCUAACAUCCACCUUGGCUAACAUACUCGAAUCUACAGACACACAGCCCAAUGUAGAUGAACUAACCCACCAACUCAACAAAGCCUUCUACACCUCCCUUGAUAUAGCAAUAGGAGCAAAAAACCCGUUUUCAAGACCCUCAAGACAUAAAUGGUUUUGGAACGAAGACAUCCAGAAAGCUAUGGACCAUCGCGAAUACUGCUAUAAAAAAUGGCGCAAAGCAAAUAGUUUAAGCAAAGUACAUUGGUGGAUCAAGCAUCAGGAAGCCCGUGCACUUGUACGACUAAAGGUCAACAAACGUCGUGCUGAAACAUGGCGCUCUUUCUGCUCUAAAUUAGACAAUGGUGACUUCAACAAAGCACUAGCUACUAUCAGCAAAAUCAAACGAAACCGCACACUUCAACCCACAUAUACUCACCCUGAAGGUCCCGAUAUGGCGGCCCAAACAAUGGCUGAUCAUCUAAAAGCAGUCUUUAGUGGUAACCAUAUGCAUUCACAAACACCAAACAUCCUUCCCUAUAUUCCCUCAUGCAAUGCUGAUACUACCCCUGAUACUAAUCCAAACCCCGUCAAUGAUGAUCAAAAUGACCCUUUCACCACCGAACAAGUAACCAAAGCAAUUGAACGAUUACCUACUAACAAAGCCCCAGGUGC